CGGUCGCGCCUGCGCACUGGCAGCUGGCCGGGCGCUAGCAGGGGGAGCUGCUGCAGGCUCCGCGGCGGCGGCGGCAACGGAGGCUGCGGGGGCAGCGGCGCGAGCGGCCGGGCUUGGGGGGGGGUGCCGAGCCCGGCCCGGAAGCCCGAGCAGCUAGAGUGCGGGGUACCUAGGCCCCUCACUCUGGACUCCACAGUCUCCGGGCCGCCUGACCUCCGCACGGGUAUAUGGGAUGGAAGCGGGACCCUCGGGAGCAGCUGCGGGCGCCUACCUGCCCCCCCUGCAGCAGGUGUUCCAGGCACCUCGCCGGCCUGGCAUUGGCACUGUGGGGAAACCAAUCAAGCUCCUGGCCAAUUACUUUGAGGUGGACAUCCCUAAGAUUGACGUCUACCACUACGAGGUGGAUAUCAAGCCGGAUAAGUGUCCUCGCAGAGUCAACCGGGAAGUGGUGGAAUACAUGGUCCAGCAUUUCAAGCCUCAGAUCUUUGGUGAUCGCAAGCCCGUGUAUGAUGGAAAGAAGAACAUUUACACUGUCACAGCACUGCCCAUUGGCAAUGAACGGGUUGACUUUGAGGUGACAAUCCCUGGGGAAGGGAAGGAUCGAAUCUUCAAGGUCUCCAUCAAGUGGCUAGCUAUUGUUAGCUGGCGCAUGCUGCAUGAGGCGCUGGUCAGUGGCCAGAUCCCUGUUCCCUUGGAGUCCGUGCAAGCCCUGGAUGUGGCCAUGAGGCACCUGGCAUCCAUGAGGUACACCCCCGUGGGCCGCUCCUUCUUCUCACCGCCUGAGGGCUACUACCACCCGCUGGGGGGUGGGCGCGAGGUCUGGUUCGGCUUUCACCAGUCUGUGCGCCCUGCCAUGUGGAAGAUGAUGCUCAACAUUGAUGUCUCAGCCACUGCCUUCUACAAGGCACAGCCGGUGAUUGAGUUCAUGUGUGAGGUGCUGGACAUCAGGAACAUAGAUGAGCAGCCCAAGUCCCUCACAGACUCUCAGCGUGUGCGUUUCACCAAGGAGAUCAAAGGCCUAAAGGUGGAAGUGACCCACUGUGGACAGAUGAAGAGGAAAUACCGUGUGUGUAAUGUUACCCGCCGCCCUGCCAGCCAUCAGACGUUUCCCUUGCAGCUGGAGAGUGGACAGACUGUGGAGUGCACAGUGGCACAGUAUUUCAAGCAGAAAUAUAACCUUCAGCUCAAGUAUCCCCAUCUGCCCUGCCUGCAAGUUGGCCAGGAACAAAAGCAUACCUACCUGCCCUUAGAGGUCUGUAACAUUGUGGCUGGGCAGCGCUGCAUUAAGAAGUUGACCGACAACCAGACUUCGACCAUGAUAAAGGCUACAGCUAGGUCGGCCCCAGACAGACAGGAGGAGAUUAGCCGCCUGAUGAAGAAUGCCAGCUAUAAUCUAGAUCCCUACAUCCAGGAAUUUGGGAUCAAAGUGAAGGAUGACAUGACGGAGGUGACGGGGCGAGUGCUGCCGGCCCCCAUCUUGCAGUACGGCGGCCGGAACCGGGCCAUUGCCACACCUAAUCAGGGUGUCUGGGACAUGCGGGGGAAACAGUUCUACAAUGGGAUUGAGAUCAAAGUCUGGGCCAUCGCCUGCUUCGCACCCCAAAAACAGUGUCGAGAAGAGGUGCUCAAGAACUUCACAGACCAGCUGCGGAAGAUUUCCAAGGAUGCAGGGAUGCCCAUCCAGGGCCAGCCUUGCUUCUGCAAAUAUGCGCAGGGGGCAGACAGCGUGGAGCCCAUGUUCCGGCAUCUCAAGAACACCUACUCAGGGCUGCAGCUCAUUAUCGUCAUCCUGCCAGGGAAGACGCCAGUGUAUGCUGAAGUGAAACGUGUUGGAGAUACGCUCUUGGGAAUGGCUACACAGUGUGUGCAAGUGAAGAAUGUGGUCAAGACCUCGCCUCAGACUCUGUCCAAUCUCUGCCUGAAGAUCAAUGUCAAACUUGGUGGCAUUAACAACAUCCUAGUUCCACACCAGCGCUCUGCCGUCUUUCAACAGCCAGUGAUAUUCCUGGGAGCAGAUGUUACACACCCCCCAGCAGGGGAUGGGAAAAAACCUUCUAUCACAGCAGUAGUAGGCAGUAUGGAUGCCCACCCCAGCCGCUACUGUGCUACUGUGCGAGUGCAGCGACCCCGGCAGGAGAUCAUUGAGGACUUAUCCUACAUGGUGCGUGAGCUGCUCAUCCAGUUCUACAAGUCUACCCGCUUCAAGCCUACCCGCAUCAUCUUCUACCGAGAUGGGGUUCCUGAAGGCCAGCUCCCCCAGAUCCUCCACUAUGAGCUGUUGGCCAUCCGUGAUGCCUGCAUCAAACUGGAAAAGGACUACCAGCCUGGGAUCACUUAUAUUGUGGUGCAGAAACGCCAUCAUACCCGCCUUUUUUGUGCUGACAAGAAUGAGCGAAUUGGGAAGAGUGGUAACAUCCCAGCUGGGACAACUGUGGACACCAAUAUCACCCACCCAUUUGAGUUCGACUUCUAUCUGUGCAGCCAUGCAGGCAUCCAGGGCACCAGCCGACCAUCCCAUUACUAUGUCCUUUGGGAUGACAACCGUUUCACAGCAGAUGAGCUCCAGAUCUUGACGUACCAGCUGUGCCACACUUAUGUACGAUGCACACGCUCCGUCUCUAUCCCAGCACCUGCCUACUAUGCCCGCCUGGUGGCUUUCCGGGCACGAUACCACCUAGUGGACAAGGAGCAUGACAGUGGAGAGGGGAGCCACAUAUCGGGGCAGAGCAAUGGGCGGGACCCCCAGGCCCUGGCCAAAGCCGUGCAGGUUCACCAGGAUACUCUGCGCACCAUGUACUUCGCUUGAAGGCAGAACGCUGUUACCUCACUGGAUAGAAGAAAGCUUUCCAAGCCCCAAGAGCUGUGCCGCCCAAAUCCAGAGGAAGCAAGGAGGAGGAGGGAGGGUAGGGAGGAGUUCAGAAGGCCUUGUUUCCUUCUACAAAGGGGGCUUUAAAAGGGUGGGGAACAGGGCCAGUAAGCCAGACCACCAGCCAGAAGUCUCUGAUGUCCACCUCAUGACCCCCACCCCUCACUCCAUCUUGUCACAUCUGGCCCUGACCCCACUGGACCAAGAGGGGCAGCACUGGUGCCCACCAUACACACAGGUGUCUCAUGUGACUUGCAGUGCUAAAGACUCAUGCCUGACAGCUUGGUAAGGUCGGCUCUGCAGCCCCACGGACAAAAGCUGGUAGGUUUGGGUUUGAUAAUUUAGAUGGGAGAGUGAGGGGCUUGAGAAGGUGGGUGGGAGGAAGGAAGGAUUUUUUAGGAGCCUUAAUCAGAAAAGGUCUAGAUUUGUUUAAGAGGAAAAACGAAACCAGACCCAGAUCAAUAUUUUAGAAUACUAGAUGUUUUAAUGGGUUGAAAAUCCAGUUUGUAGGAAGAUUUUUAAUGCUAAUGAUUUUGGUUGCUCCUCCCCCAGCUGCCACCCCCCUUUCCCUUAUUCCUUUCUCUCCACCUUUUCUACCCCACCUUACACCUCCUCCCUGACAGACAUCCAGCCCCUAGUAAGACUUAAGGCACUAUGGCACUUAGCUCUGAAGUGACACGACCCUGUCUUCCUUCCGCCUACUGGUGGGUAACCAGUGCCUUCCCUGUAACGGUAAUGCUGCAGAACUGCAACCUUUUGUACCUUUCUUUGGGGGGAUGGGGUGGGGGUGGGAGAGGAGGUAGGUGGGGAAGAAAUACCCCUAACCCAACAAGCCUCCAGCCAGAGCGCCAGCUAUUUUGCAUUCAAAGGAAUUGACUUCCAUAUUCAUUGAGCUUUUAAAAAAGAUCACAACCUCAAGAUGGUUAAAGUCCAUUGACAUUUGCACUUUCAGACAUGAUGUCUUGGAGCUGCUGAGAUGACUGGCCCCUGGCCUUUCCACUUAACGCCUCCUUUUCUCCCUGUCCCCCCAGCCUCCCCACCUGCCUGGGUCUGGAGUUACUUUCAUAGCAUUUCUCAUUCUUGGCUUCUUUUUUCCCCUGAUGGUCAGGUCGCUUAUGUUUCAAUAUUUCUUAACUGGGUGUCUUAUAACAAAUGAUCUUAAGUCUAAAAUAAGAAAAAAGAGCAAAAACUAAAUGUUAUUUUUAUACCAUAACUUGAGUCUAUUGCCAAAAUCUGGAAAUCCCUCCCAUGCCCACUAAGUUUACAUCCCAGAAACAUUGAGCCAUCAGAAGGAACUAUGUACCGGACUUGUUCUUUGGCCUGGCUCGGUAGAGGGUGGUUAUCUCCUCACGGUGGAGCUCAGGCUCCAUCCUUCCCCUGUGCAGAUAAUAUCUUUUUCUUGCUAUAGGCUCCCUCCUCUGCACUGCCCUGCACUCUUUCCUGCAAGUGCAUCUUCCCUUUCUCUGGACUGUCCUCUGACACUUUGGCUCAUCCCAGAUUCCAGUGUGUCCUGUGGACAGGCUGGGGGAUUUUGCUGCUCCCUAUUGCUUCUGUUUACACAAAUGAAUUUUUCCCAGUUUCCCACUAGGGCAUGUGAGUGGGUGGCAUGGGCCUUUGUUUUGUUUUGUUUUUUGUCUCCCGAGAUAAAGAUGGGGUUUGGCUGUCUUGCAGAACUGGAAAAGUAGGGGGUUUCUAGCUUGGUGCCUGCUGGCCUUGAGGCAAGGCCCCCUCUUUCCUUAACUGUUCAUUUUUUUCCUAUCCCACUGCUUGGGAUGAGGAGUUGCAGCUUCCGUGUGGAUGUUCCUCUUUUUGAGGAGCCUGGGCUUGGGUUUGCCCCAAUCUGGUGAUGAAGCCAUGACACUUUAGACCUAGCUCAGGCUUGGAGGCCGGUCUGAAUCCUGGCCUGUGUGCUUAGAGCUACCAUUUCCCCUCCCCAGCAGCCCUGUACAGACCCAGAUUUGCUAUGCAAAACAGUCUAUCCCAGGUUCUGUUCUGGUUGGCUACUUUGUUCAGCGACUUCACAAAACAUAGCACAAACAUUGAUUAUGGAGAAGGCAUCAGGACUGUUGAGUAACUCCUCCUCUACUUCUUUCCUACUGGCUAUAGCAUGGGAUGCCCCAUGGGUACAGCCCAGCUGAAGAACGGAAUGGAGGGCUCUGGGAGGAGGCAGCUCACUGGAGAGCCUACAUUCCUUACACAAGUGCCUAAAGAGAGUGAUGCCAACACUCCAUCUGCCCUGUCCAUCGCCUUCAUAUACUGUCUACUUCGUGUUCAGUCACCCUUUGGGGAGGGGAGCUCUUUUGGGACAACGGGCUCUGCAUGUUCUCUUCUUGGGUGCAUUUAGGGGCUGGGGUCAGGGCACUGUUCCUGGAGGGUCCAGUCAUUCACCAGCAUUUGCAAAUAUCCAUAGGGAGCUGGUGGUAGCCACCUGCUCUCAGCAACAAGUUUAUGUUCUCUCCUUUUUCUCUCUUUGCCUCACUCUCUCCAUUUGGGUUUUGAGCUGGGGCCUGAAAUGCAUUUUUUAGCUCUUUGGCAUUGUACAUGCCAUUCAAGAAAUAAAAAGCAAGAGAAGCGGUUUGGGCAAUGGCAAGAAAAUGACUUCUUGCUCUGAUUUUUUUUUUUUUUUUAAAUCUUUGAGACUUGAAAAAUACCCUUGACCUUGAGGAUUAUUCUUAUUUGAAAGAUGGUGCAUGUAGAUUGAGAAGUGGUAUUCGCAACAAGCUUUGGCUUUCUUGGAUUUGAUUUAAGUGGUGCUUCUUACUUGUGCUCUGAGGAAGUGUUGGGGGGAUCCCAGCCUCCUCCUCUUGGACAGGUCUCUUGCUCCCUUCGUUCUAUUCUCUUGCCUCUCUUUUCUACUUCUCUCUUUCCCUGGCUCCUUUUCCUUUUUUCUUUCACUAAGCUUGUUUGCUGGCCUGCCUGCCUAUGUGAUGAUGAAUUCUCUGCAUGGCUUUGAUAAUCCCACUGUUAGCUAGCAAGGUCAGGCUUAGCUCCUUGGCUGCAGAAGACCAAGAAUAUGUUCCCCAAGCCUGGUGAUGUUCUCUCUGGGCUGGACUGCCAUCAACGUUACACAAGGACAGAGCAGCAGGGCUGCCUACCUGGCAUGAAAUCAGGAGGGCUUCUGACAACUUGCACACCUGUCCACUCCUUGGAGUUGUUUUUUCUCAUUGCUUUUUCUAGAUCUGGUUCCAUUUCUCUACCUGCCUCCCUUUUCUGAGGCUGUCCUAGGGUUGAGCUACUUGGUUUCCAGGGUUGGAGGGUUAGGGGAUGGACUUGGGGGAAGAAGAGAGUGAUGGGAAGAGAAUGGAGAGAAUUUGGAUAAAAGAUGGGAAAGAGCACUGUUCAUUGAUCAUUUUUCCAGUCCAGUCUGACCCAUUGGGGGUUGAGGUGCUACUGUUGAACUCGGGAUAAACCUGGGGCUAUUGUUGAUGGGAACUUAGGUUUAGAAUAAUGUUGACAAGGAAGAUACCUAAAAGCAUGAAACCUCCCUUAAAAGCUCCUGGUUCCCACCUACUAGAUAGCUCCACUGCAGCCUCCUCUUUGGCUAAGCAACAAUGUUCUUGGAUGGUUGUUUUUUUGUUUUGUUUUGUUUUUUUUGGGGGGGGGUCCUAGAAUUCAGUAAAUGAGGCUAGCACUCAGGAUGGGCGGCCAAGGGGACAUUUUGAAUUCUUAGCUGGCCCAUGGGGUAUCUAUCUGCAAGGCUGGUGGGUAGUGUUUUAGACCUGGCAUCAUGUUUAACAAAGAAUGGAAGUUCCUUCCCCUUCAGGGUGGAAAGUUAUCUCAAACUAGCCAAAAUGCAGUUUUGGAAACUACAUUGGGGGAAGUUAUUUUUUAUAUUUACUGGGCCUAGGCCAAUCCAGGAUGGUAGCUGGGAUGCCUUCCUUCUUAAAGUCUGAUCAUGGCAGGGAUAUGCAGGGCACUCUUUCCUAUUUAGCCUUCUAAGCAGAUUGGGGAGAAGGGAUUCUCUGGUUUUCUCUUUUCCCCCCUUUUAUUAGGACUUGCCUUCUCCCUAGGUAGGGAGAGAGGCUAGGUUGGUGCUCUCCCCUUACUCUAUUCCUACUGACUUGGAACCUCUGGCUGCUGUUUGGGAGCCUAAGAAUGGGAGUGGAGGGAAUGGGCUCAAAACAAAACAGAAUAAGGUGGGGAAGGCAGAUUUCCUUCUUUAAAAAGGAAAAUAGGAAACUCUCCAAGGAUUGUGCAAGUAAAGACAAUGUGUCAAAUGCACUGAGUCCCCUGGUGUAGUAGCAAUAAGGAAAAAUGAAAUGACUUUCCUGUGCACACAGUCCAACCUGAUUGGUGUGUGAUGUUGCACUUAGCAGCCAUCUGGUGGGCAUGUGUGACUACUCUGGGUUUCACUUUAGUUUCUAAACUUUUUAUCCCUCUCAAGUCCAGCAUGGAUGGGGACGUGUCCCUGGAGCCCCACAGCUGUGUACUUGUUUGCAUUUGUUUCCCUUUGAGACUUGUGUUUGUGUCCUGCUUUGAGCUGUACCUUGUCCAGUCCAUUGUAAAAUUAUCCCAGCAGCUGUAAUGUACAGUUCCUUCUAAAGCAAGCAACAGCAGCAGCACAAUUCUGUGUUUUAUAAAGACAACAGUGGCUUCUAUUUCUAAAGUGCGGUCUCUCUCUCUCUUUUCCCCCACUCCCAUUAGCAAAGAAAACUGUUGGGAUUAAUUAUAUCUCUGAUAUAUUUUAGGUUAGAGCAUUAGAUUGUUGUAACAGCAGAACUAUCACCUCUAUAGGAAAGUGGAUAAAACACCACCAGAGUGUUGAAGCGACAGAUUAUAUGUAACCAUACUUCACAAGGCCUCCAUUUAUUCUUCAUUCAACAAACCAUACAAAGCACUGUGUCCAGCAGUAUUGUUGGGGGAGAAAGGAAGCACAAUUCAGAAAGGAGGAAAACUGUGUCUCUCUCCUUAAGGAGCUUAAAGUUUGGUGGGGGAUAUGAGUGGCCAAAUGGUUCCCUAGCCAAAUGAUGAGGGACUGAAACAAGGCUAUAAAGCUAUAGCAGUGAAGACAGGAAAGGGAAGAUUUUUGAGAGACACUCAGAAGAUAGUACUCAAUAGAUGAUGGAAGGGAAAGAGAGGAGUAGAGGCUAAUAAUGCUCAGGCUCCUACUUGAGCAAUGAGUAUAUUGGGACAUUCUUCUAACCAAGGCUGGGGGAGAAGGGAGACGGUAGAAGAAAGGUGGUGAAUUUUGUGAAGACAGCCUUGUAUAGACUGAGUGUGGAGGUUCCCAUGAGGCAACAAGUUUAAGGUUUCCAGUAAACACUUAUAUUUUGGUGCUCAGGGAAGACUGCAAAACUGCAAUUGUAGAUAAUGGGAUUCAUACUCCUAUAGAUGGUAGGUAAAGCCAUAGGAAUGAACAAGAUGGCUGAGAAAAAGAGUAGAGCAAGAAAACAUAGGGUCCCACUCCAGGAAACACAAUUUAAAGGAUGAGAGGAAGCUGAACCUAAGAAGACUGUUAAAUCACUAGUAGAUACCUUGUAUAUUUUUUACUUAAUGAAGUGGGAGAAAAGUCAGGAGAAUGGAAUAGGAUCCAAGAAGGGCGUAAUUAACAAGAUGAACUGCUGCCUUGAGGAGGUAUUUUUUUCUUCUCAGUUUACCAUCCUCCACCCCAUCUUCUUUGGCAUCUGGUAACUAUAUGGUCAUUCUCCACUAUUUCUUGAAAAUGAGCAUUGAAAAAACCUAAUUUAAAUAAGGCUAAGACUAGGAUUUCCAAGUUGUUCACCACAACCACCACCUCCACCUCCAGCUUCCUCCUGUCCUCAGGAGAUACUUGUAAAAGAAUAAAAUAAACAAACCUACUAAUUUUGUUCCUAACCAGUGUCCUAGAUGGUGUUCCAGUGCACUUGAUAGUACUUAGCAGCUGGCUUUAUUUUCAUGACUUGUUUUCCCCAGAGCCUGUGAACUCCUAUGAGCAGAAACUACAUUCUGUUCAUUUUUUGUCAUCUCAGGGCUGUAGCUUAUAUCAGGGGCUCAAUAUUUGUGAAUAGACUUGAAAUUAUCUAGAAAUUGUGGUUCAUGAAUACAGAGGGGGAGUCAAGAAGUGAUACUGAGUGCACAGGAUGGACUCAGCAUUCCUGACUCUUCAGGUAAGUAGAAACUUAACCAAAUUACCAUCAUCUUUUCUUACUCUCACCAAAACUUGGAGGUUCUAUGGUUUUGUACCUUAAGCUGAUGGUACAGUUGUCAAGCAUGCAAGUUCUGGCAUUCCUCCCUGGUAUUGCUAGAGCACUGUUAUUUCUGUGUACUGGGGGAAGAUGGCUCAGAGAUGGAUUCUGGCCCAGGGCCCAGUAAGAAAUUUUCAGUGGCAGCUAGUAUGUACAUAAAUGGGCCUAGCAUUCCUCUGGAGGCCCAGUGUUGUGACUUUCAAAUUGCAAAGCUAACCUGUGUCUACCACCUGUCAGAUUCCCUUGGAAGCAAGCUAGCCGUACCCAGCUCCUUUUCAGCAGCAAGGGUUAGUUAGGUUGAUCAAACUUGAGCAAAUUGGAACAUGGAGGAGAUUUUUCCCACUUGAAAUAAAACUUAAAUAAAUCUAUAACCCUUGAUGAAGCAGAAAUAAAGUAUUUAGCAGAGUAAGUGGGAGGAUGAUCAUUAUGACACAUCUUGCCAUAAAUUUCAGUUUUAGAAAUGAUUGAUGUUCAGAAGGUUUCAGAAUUUGGCUGUUGGUUGCUACUCAAGAGAAAAAGAUAGUGGGCUCGCACUAUCCUGAUUUGUCUGGUCCUGGACCUCAAGGUUUUGAGUCAGGGCUUGUCUUAAUACCCCUGGCCAUUCCUCUUUAGUUUUGGUUGAGCAGCCUUUCUUUUGCCCUGUCAAUUGGCAACAUAUACCGUAGCACAUUCUUGUCUAGGAAAUGCCUUGGAGCAAAGUGAGGCUGGGUAUUUGUUGGUAUCUUUUGGCUUAGCAAACCCCAGAAUCUCAUGGCAAUUAGGGUUUGGUGGCUAAAUGAAAGGGUUAUAGUGCAAAGAGAAGACUAUUUCAAGUUCUGAGCCUGGGCCAUCCCUAGACUGCCAUCUGUACUGCUUGAAUGGAAAGUAGCAUUGAAUUGUAGCAAAUAGCUCUCCCUCUUUGUUUCUAGCUUUCAAACCCGUUUAUUCCCCUGGCUACAGGCUGAGGAAACCUGGCAAGCUUAGAAGUUACAGAGCAUGACAGAAGCAAUCCUUUAAACUGGAAAAGUGGACUUUCUGGGGAUGAGGUACAUUUAAAAGUUCUCCACUUAAGCACCACAACCUCCUUCCCCAGGAUAUCUGGUUUUUAGACCACCGUGGUUUACCUUGCAGUAAUACACUGUCCCUUUGUUCUAGACUGCAGGAGCUUCAGCACUAUCCUCUUGGCAGUCUUUUUUGGACAAAAGUCUUGAGGGAUCUUUCUAGGGAGCCCUCCAUUCCUCUUCCCCACCUUCUGAAGGCAAGGAACUUUCUCUUAAAAGAGACAGUGGGAGUUCCUAGCCAUGUUUUUGGAAAAGGCCAAUGGCUUGUUAAGGGAAGUGAUCUGAAAAGGAGCAGCAGCUUUGGAUACUUGGAAGUAUAUGAGUAGGUGUUUUGUACAGUCUCUGUUAUCUUAUUUAAUUGCAUCUUCACAGCAUUCGUGUGAAGUAGUUUAUCUGUUCCUUUCAAUUGCACAUAACAAACCACCAAUUAAAUUGGCUUAAAUAAGAAACCUGUAACAUGACAAAGAAGUCUUGAUUUAGUAUGGCUCCAAGGUUGGUUAAUUCAGUGGCUCAGUGAUAAUACCAACAAAGCAGGUUCUUGCAGUGACUUUCCUCUGCUAUUCUUUGUUGGUUUAUCCUCAUGCUAGUUUGCCUCAGGGUCCCAAGGUGGCUACUGCAAUUCCAGGAAGGAAAUGCUGACAGAAUAAUGUGUAACAGAAAAGGGACUAAUUUUUCCUUACAUUUCAUUUUAAAGUAAGAAAAUCCUUGGAAGCCCCAGCAGAUCUGGCCUCCUAUCUUAUUCACUAAAAAUGGGUCAUCUUCUCACUCCUGUCAUUGGCAGAGCAAAUGAGAUCAUUCAUCAUGAGUGGCUUAGAUUAAUUAGGAGUUACCCUCUGAGCAGUUACCGUGCUUCAUCAGUCUGUGGAUUAGAAAGACAAGUCUGGUCUGCUAGGCAAGAAAGAAGGGGAUUAGGGCUCCUGGGUAGGUAUCCAGCAGUGUCUUCUCUACUUGGGUACUCUGGCUUUUAGAGAUGAGGAACGUAAGGUUCAGAGUGACUUUUUGGAAUCACAUACAUUAGCAGAGAGCCUUCAGUCUCAGCUUUGUCCCUAAGGCCACUAUGUUUUAUAAUGUGUUCUCCUACAGUAUAAAAUAACUUGCUGCUAUGUAAAAACUGAUGGUCUGGGAGAAGAAAUUUAAAUUCGAGUCAAAUUGAGUAACUUCAACCCCCAUGUAAGAGAGGAUUCUAUCCAGUUGCUCUCAUCAUCCAGUGGUGAUGUUUAUCUAACACAGGAAGCCUAGGAAUGCAGCUUUCGGAGGGCACUGGUUUCCUUGUCCCUCAGAUGUCUGUACUAUUUUAUAGUUCUCCCUUCUGAAAGCAACCAGUGCCAGAAGGGAUGAGGGCAGAGUUUUAGCCUGCUUCCUGAGCCCCAUUCUUGAAGCCCAUUCAUUCAUCCAUCCAUCCCAUAAAUCAUGGAAUGUUGCUAUGUGCCAGGCACUGGCACUGUUCUAGGCAGUGGGGCUAUGGCAGUUAAGAUACACAAAGAUCCUGCUCAAUGGCCUUAAGAGCCAACUUGUUUGGGAAUGAGGUUAUCCAAAAAUAGGGUGUGCGUGUGGUCGGGGGAGAGCCUCAUACAAUUUGCUUUUGGCAGAAUCAUUAGACCUUUUGCCUUCCUACUUCUUGAUAUUACACUUAAUGUACUUUUCACAUAGGCUCACUCUAAAGAGGUGGUGGGGUCCCUGAAUAGCAGAAGUAGAUGGGAUACUAAAUCAAACUGAGUUAGGAGGUCCAAAUCCUGCUUAAUCAAGGUCAACAAAGAAGACAGUGGCCUACCUCAAGGGUUCAUCACCCAUCACCAUGUCUAUUCUGGGAGAGGAUAAGCCUGUAAUCACUUAGGGAAUCAGUUCCAGAAUGGGGGGUUGAGGGUGUGAUAGACCCUUGCACAAGAGUUGGUAUUUACCCUGUGGGGAUGAUGCUACUGACUUGCAUUCUGUAUAGUCAGGUAUUGAAAAUAACUUUUAGGAUACAGUGUUUCAUCUGGUAACAUUUAAUUUGAUACUUUGAAAUUGAAAUUCUGUAAAAGGGUUAAGGGUGGGAAGUAGUGAGGCCGAACUGAAGUCAGAUGAGGGUUUGAAUCCCAUCCAUUUAUGAAAUGUUCACUUUAAGGUAGGUGCAUCUAAUAAGUGCUUUAAAAUGUUAAUGAUGGUAAACUUUAUUCACUAACAUUUAGUUAGGGAGGGUUUGUUCUGGUUUAUGUGCAUUCCCUAACCUCACAACAAUUGUGCAAGGUAGGUUAGUCUCUCCAUUUCUCAGCUAAGAGGCUCAAGCGACUGAUCCGAAGUCCCACAGUGAUUGGGAGGAACUGAAGACAGGAUACUUUUGUUCUAUACCCCAAACUUUAAAAAACAAAAUACUUUGAUUUUUUAAAAGUCUAAAUGACAUUAUUGAUGUUUAGGAACAUAGGUAAAAAUCAUGAAUCUUCAGUCAAGCAACAUAUUAAGGACCUACUAUUUCCUAGUGAGUGUGCUGGCCACGGUAAGCUUAUAAAGCUUACAAGCUAGUCCAGGAGGGGGCACACAAACUAGUAAGUAAAACAAAUUACAGAUUGGGAGGAUUAUUAGGGAAAUGCUGUAAUAGAAAAAUGGGCCUCCACGGUAGAUCAGUGGUCCGGGAAAAGACCUCUCUGAAAUAAGGUUGAGAGAGAAAAAGAAGCGGCGGGCAGGGGAGGGAAGAAGACAACGUGAGGGUGGAGGGAAAGGAGAGGCUCUGCUCCUGGCCAAGAGAACCAAAAGCAGAGGGGCGCCGAGUCGGAAAGGGAUGCGUUUUGCCCAUAGUGGGAAUCAGAAGCAGACCAGUAUAGCUGUAGCAUAGUGGUGAGGGAAAGUCUUGUUGAGGAGAAAGGAAGUGUCCGUUUACUCGGUGCGUUUUGGUCCUGGAAGAGUUUGACCUCAGUGUGACGAGACGCUAUUAAAGCGUUCUAAACGAGGAAAUUAUCCGAUGUGAUGUUUGUGUAAUGUCUUGUUUCUCAAUACUCUUUUCCCAAGCUAAACUGUACAUACCCCCGCCUCCCUCCCUCCACGGUCGUCAAAGCAACAGACUCGGAAUGAUCAAUUGUGGUGGUCACUUGACCGCUUACUGAGGAGGAGGCGCGAGGUGCCGCCCAAGCUGGGCGGGGCGGGAGGGCUCCGUAAGGAGGGCGGCUCUGCCCUAGACGUGUUCGGCCCCGGUCACUGCGCUGCGGGUCGGGGCCCCGCACCACAGACCGGCCACGCUCCAGUCGCGUGCUGCCUCCCCACGGCGGCUCUUCCCGACAAGAGCUUUCGGAGUGCGGUUGCUGAGGAGAAGCCAUCGCCAGCUCGUCCUAGGGCCGAGUGAGGGUGCCUGUCGCACCGCGUCGCCCCCUGCGCUGCCUCCUUGCCCCCAGUGGUGGGCGCCCUUCUCGUUCGAAGCACUCCCCCCAGCUCCAUGAAUGGAAAUCGGCUCCGCAGGAAAACGGCAGUCUUGAGAAAAAUUGCAACAUGGGCAGUACUUACCUUGAAAAAGAAAAAGCACUCUUUAUGAUUCGGAAGUAAUUAAUUGAGAGAUAUAAACUGCAUUUUGAGCUUUAAAAUCUUAAUGCUGGGAACAGCCUCCGCCGAGAGUCGCCUCAGUUUCCUGCUUCAACAGUGCUUGGACGGAACCCGGCGCUCGUCCCCCAUCCCGGCCAGCGGCUCGGAGCCAGCCCUCCGCCAUCUCCUCAGAGCGCCCUCGGACCGCCCCAAGGCCCCCGCCGCCGCCCUGACGACCGCGUCCCCCUCGCACAUGCACCAGAACUACCACCAGGACUCGGAGGCCGCCAUCAACCGCCAGAUAACCUGGAGCUCUACGCCUCUGACGUCUACCUGUCCAUGUCUUACUACUUUGACCGCGAUGAUGUGGCUUUGAAGAACUUUGCCGGAUAUUUUCUUCACCAAUCUCAUGAGGAGAGGGAACAUGCUGAGAAACUGAUGAAGCUGCAGAACCAACGAGGUGGCUGAAUCUUCCUUCAGGAUAUCGAGAAACCAGACCGUGAUGAUUGGGAGAACGGGCUGAAUGCAAUGGAGUGUGCAUUACACUUGGAAAAGAGCGUGAAUCAGUCACUACUGGAACUGCACAAACUGGCCACUAAUAAAAAUGACUCCCAUUUGUGUGACUUCAUUGAGACUCAUUACCUGAAUGAGCAGGUGAAAUCCAUCAAAGAAUUGGGUGACCACAUAACCAACCUGCGCAAGAUGGGGGCUCCCGAAUCUGGCAUGGCAGAGUAUCUCUUUGACAAGCACACCUUGGGAAACAGUAAUAGUGAGAGCUAAGCCUUAGGCUGUCUUCCCAUAGCCACAAAGAUAGGAUGACUUCCCUGGUCACCAAGGCAGUGCAUGCAUGUUGGGGUUACCUUUACCUUUUCUGUAAGUUGUACCAAAACAUCUACUUAACUUCUUUCAUUUGUACCAUUCUUCAAAUAAAGUAAUUUGGUACCC